AUGUCACGAGCUCAAGGUAGAAGCUCUCGCUUUCCUGGCGCCAGUGCCUUUUCCAGCAGCUCCCACCCGGGUACGUCAGGAUUCGGCGGCUUCUCGUCAACCCAGACCGGCAGCGGUCUCUCCUACCUGACCGAGCCUCCCGAUUUCUCCUCCAUUUCUGAUGCGAAUGUUGGUGUCGCCUUCAAGAACUUGCUCAAGAAAGAUGCCACAACCAAGACAAAAGCCCUGGAGGAGCUCGUGGCAUAUGUGAGAGCGCACCCUCACGAGCAGCAUGGAGGGCCCGAAGAGGCGAUUCUGGAAGCUUGGGUUCAAGUGUACCCUCGUAUCUCAAUAGACAAUGCCCGACGGGCGCGCGAGCUCUCGCAUACCCUGCAAUUCGAGCUCAUGAAAUCUGCGAGAAAGCGCAUGGAGAAACGGGUGCCGAAAGUGGUUGGCACCUGGCUCGCGGGCACAACAGACAAGGAUCGCGCAGUCGCAAACGCGGCCAGCCAAGGCCUCUCGUCCUUGCUGACUAACAUCGACAAGGUCCUCGCUUUCUGGAAGAAAUGCCAGCCUCAGAUUCUCACGUACGCGGCCGACGCGAUACGAGAAACCAAAGAUACCCUUAGCGACGAACGAUCGACGACGGCCGACGAUGCGGAGGCGAAAUACUACCGUGUCGUAAACUCAAGUCUGUCUUUGGUCCUUGAACUACUACAGAAGCUGGAGCAAGCCGAUCUUGACGCCGAGGCGGAUUCGUACGACAUCUUCUUCUCGGAGGACGUGGUAUGGAAGAGUGCGACCUUUGCCGACUCAGCAGUCAGGAAGGUCACCUGCGAGCUUCUAUGGGUCUGUUUGGAGAAGAGACACGAUUCUGUCGCAUCACAAGUGUCAAGACUGAAGAAGAUCUUUGUCACAGAAGGACUUAAGAGCAACCAGACCGGCUCUGCAGUUGAGUAUGUGAGGGUCCUUACCCGCUUGACGCAAAAGUUCCCCGAGAUCUGGUCAUCAAGCAGCGACAAGAAGACGCCAAUCUCUCGUCUACAGCUUUUCUUGGAAAAGGGGUCGCAGGGUAGCUCGGUCAAGUUCUGGGGCUACCUGGAGCAGUUGCUCACAGUACUUCCAACCGAACAACUGACUCACGAAUCCGUGUCCGACAUUCUAAGGUCGUUGAGAGUCGGUAUUGCGAGUCGUGGAGAACCUCGGAUCAACGCGCCAUCAGCCUGGACAUGCUACGUUCGCGCCGCACGGCACUUUCUCGCCUUGUUGCCGUCCGACGGCCCUCAAUCUCAAUUCCUUCUUGACCAUAUUUUCCCUCUCAUCAGCCACUACCUGAAACCCACGACGGAAACGACGGGAUGGGACGUGGGAGGCAAAGCAGGUACACUGGUUCUUGUGGAAGCAUUCGGCAUCACCAUAGACCGUCACCUUGACGGGGCUCAAACAGAGACUGCAGAUGCAUGGCAGCGGCUAUCUGCCGAAUUAUGUUCCAAGAUAUCCAACUCCCUUCCAGAGGUGUCGAAAGACUACGAAAAGUCACAAGAUGCCGUUGCCCAAGAGGGCGACCGGUGGUUCUCACUUGUCGGUCAAAUCCACACCAAAAUGCCUGCCGCGCACCAGAAAACGCAGGUCCUGGACCGUCCAUCCAAGGACAUCGUGUUUCGCGCCAUUGAAUUGCUGGCGAACAGAAAUCUCAAGCCUUAUGGCGCUGCGAGCGUACUGCACAGUGUCGGCCGACAUGCUUCCUUCAUUUGGGAAGACAAAUCCGUUCUGACAGCAUUCGAGAAAUUCCUACAUGAGCAGGGCCGUGACCACAUGGACUUAAUCCUUGCCUCACGGUCGCCCCUCGAGAUUAUUGCCAGCCGCAACCCUACGCAACUUUCACGGGAUGAUACAACGCACAUGGCUCUCAUUACAUCUUUACUUGGCCUAGCUGAAUUGGACGAUUCUACCAUCUCAUCCCGUGCUAGCACAUUGCGAUCUCUCAUCGACAAGCCAUCAGGCGGCAAGCAAGCCGCAGUGGCAAUCAUACAAAGAAACUUGGAAGAUGCGAAUCAGCAAUCACUUGGUAUCGAAACACUAUGUCACCAAGCUAUCCAAGCCGCCGAGGGCGGCGAUGUCGCUAUCAAAGAUCUACUCCCAAACACUACUAUAUGGAUGCAAGAGUUGCAAAUAUUCCUCCAAAGCGACGUAGAUCCUUCACUGGCAAUCACGAGCAAUAUUGCAGGAGCUCAUUUCCUGGUCCAGCCUGAAGACUCCGAUGAGCAGAAACGCAUACGAAGAGAUCGGGAAGGGCGCUCUAUUCCGGCCCGCAUGGCGCUCUACACUGCUCAGCUUCUUGCAUCCCACAUCAAUCCUCGGGGGUUGCUGGAGAAGUCCGAUGUCAAGAUUCUCUUGCUUCUUGCAGUUUCAAUUCAACUGACGUCGGAUCAAAUCACGUUGAAGGAUACUCACAAACUAUGGGCCAGUCUAGCAUACAAGAAUUCUCUGCCGUCAGCGGAAAGCCUGGUCUCGACUUCCCGAGCCGCAAUCCACGAGCUUGCAGAGAAGGCAACUGGAUGGAGUCAUGGAACGAGUGCUGGAACCACAGAGUUGGUCAACGGCUUGCUUGAACUGAUGGUCACAAAGACAAGAGACCUGACGCCGUUGGGUCUCUACAGCGCCAGAGCCCUGAAUGACCUUAUCGGGACUCUGACAGAUCAUCAUGGCCCACCCUCGUCGGUCGAUGAUGUGCUUGCCAACUUUGACGCGGUGAAGGCAUCACCUACGACUAUUCUCGGCGCUGUUGCUCUCUUAGACGGAUUUGGGGAGGUGCUGCAGUCAUCGAAGCUCGUCAAUACGCUUUGCAACCGCCUGAUUAGCGAUGCAGCAGGAAUUUCAGCCCAAUCCGAGAAGACCUUGCCCACGCUUGUGCUCCUCAACACCUGCACCCGAGUGUUUGGUGUCGGAGAGAUACCCGUUGCUAACAAUCGAUUGGUAUUUGCGAUCCGUCAAAUCACCUCUUGGCUAGACGACCCGGUUGGCUUGAGCCCAGUUCUGUCGGCGGAGAUUUGUCGAGCAUUGCACAUGCUGCUUCCCAGCAUAAAAGACGUAUAUGGACCGCACUGGGAGCGCACGAUUGAGUUCUGCACGACGCUCUGGUCCAAGGCUGCAUCUGAUGAUCUAGAGGACGCUAUUCCUUACAUCCAUGCGUCUCUGAGGCUUAUGAAUGCCCUCGAGUCUAUCUCUGAGCCUAACGAUGACCUGGUGGACGCCAUUAAGGAAUCCGCCGAGAACAAAUCGCGUGCUCUCUUGACGCUUCUUGAGAUGCCGAGGGAGAAGAGCACGCAGCCGCUAGAGAUUAUUGACGGUCUCAUCUGCCGCCAGGUUGAGAAGAUCCCACUGAAGCAUGUUGCCGACCUCUCAGACCUCUAUGGUCUUGUGUCUUCAGAGUCGCGCGACAUUCAAACUGCUGCCUUCAGCUUGCUUCACCGGUCAUUGCCAGCCAAACAAGAGCAGCUGUCGAUUGAUGUUCUUUUGGAGAAGUCUGACGCGCGUCUACCUGAUGAAUUGCUCUCUCUACUGCUAGAGGCGCCGACCCUAGAAAAGUAUUCAGACGAGGUUCUCGCCCAAUUUCCCACGGCGAUACGAUCUUACCUCCUUACAUGGUGCCUCGUCUUCGACGCCUACAGCACCGCAUCUCUGAAGGUUCGAAACGACUAUACUGAGCACUUGAAGACCGAGAAUUACGUCGGCCCUCUGAUGGAGUUUACGUUUGAUGUUCUCGGCCACUCUGCCGCCCACGCCUUAAACCUCGAUCGCGAGGGACUCGCAAUCGAGCAGAUCAAAUCCUACGACCUCAAGGUUGCCGAUUCAGAACCUGAGGAAAAGAAUUUGCACUGGCUCCUCGUCCACCUGUAUUAUUUGACUUUGAAGUAUAUUCCUGGUCUUUUCAGGGCCUGGUACAUAGAGUGCCGCUCGAAGCAGACCAAGAUUGCAGUGGAGGCAUGGAUGAUCAAAUACUUCUCACCCUUGAUCAUCUCCGAGGUUCUCGACGAAGUUGCCGUCUGGGCGUCGUCGCAAGAGGCACCGGCUGCAGAUGAGAACGAGUUGGUCGUCAAGGUAAGCCCGACGGCCAAGGAAAUCACAGCUGGAUACGAAGUCGACGAGUCACUGGCGUCCAUCGCCAUUCGAGUCCCGGCGGGCUACCCUCUUGAAGGCGUCAACGUCGUCGGACUCAACAGAGUUGCGGUCAAUGAGCGCAAGUGGCAGAGCUGGUUGAUGACGACUCAGGGUGUCAUUACGUUCUCGAACGGCAGCAUCAUUGACGGCCUCACCACCUUCCGUCGCAACAUCGUUGGCGCCCUCAAGGGUCAGAGCGAGUGCGCCAUUUGCUACUCCAUCAUCUCAACGGAUAAGAAGAUGCCGGAUAAGAAAUGUUCGACCUGCAAAAAUCUCUUCCACCGAACCUGCUUGUAUAAGUGGUUCCAGAGCAGUAACCAGAACACAUGCCCUCUGUGUCGUAACCCGAUCGACUAUCUUGGCUCGGAUGUGAAGACGAGGAGGGCAGCAGCUGCGUAA